UGCGAAUAAGGCGAAAUGCAAUUGCCCAACACCCCAAAUGGCGGCCAGUGAGUGCACUGCUGCUGAAGUAGAAAGUCCAAAAAGCGGUAACCAAAGGUGCGGCGAAGUUGACUGCAAAAGUGAUUGCGGUGUGACAGCCAGCGCUCUAGUGAGCAAGCGAGUGAGAUCUUGAGUGACGGACAAAGUUUUUAAAUUGCGAAAAGCGGUAAUAGGAGCAAUACUUGCCACACUUGCCACACUCGCAAUUCUACAGCAAUAUCAUUUACCACAGCAACAAAUCUUCGCAGCAACUUUUGUAGUUCAGCGCAAGCAGGUUAGUGGCAGUGCUAAGCCAGCGCCAACACAUACUGCAACGCCAGCAAAAGCGACAGCAGCAGCAUGCAUUCAAGACAGCCAGACGUACGCGCGCCAAUGUGGCAACAGCUGCUGGCAGCUGUCAUUUUCUCCCUGCUUAGCAUAGUAGUACCCCUCCAUGCCGAAGUCGUUGAUUUGACACCACAAUAUAUCGCUUCCCACUCCGUCUCAGUUAGCAGUAGCAGCUCCGCGGCCGGUGGCACGUCAGCGUUGGCGGUAGCGCCGUCAUCGGCAGCGGGCUUGAUGGGCACUGCCUUUGUGGAACCCUACUUGGAUGGUUAUGCCACAACAAAUGUGACCGCACAGAUCGGCACGCACGCGUAUUUGCCAUGCCGGGUGAAGCAGCUCGGCAACAAAUCAGUGUCAUGGGUGCGAGUUCGUGAUGGUCAUAUACUCACCGUUGACAGAGCCGUUUUCAUCGCAGAUCAAAGAUUUCUGGCGCUCAAGCAACCGGAUAAAUUCUGGACGUUGCAAAUAAAAUACGUACAGGCACGAGAUGCGGGCGCCUACGAAUGUCAAGUGUCAACAGAGCCAAAAGUUAGCGCCCGAGUGCACUUACAAGUGGUUGUGCCCCGCACAGAAAUCGUAGGUGGGCCAGAUCGUUUAGUCAAAGCUGGCAGCACUGUGGUGCUGCGCUGCAUCGUUCGUGGCGCCCUCGAACCGCCCACCUUUAUUAUGUGGUUCCACAGUACGGAGCAAAUAAACGGCGACUCGCGUCGGUAUCGCACACAAGUCGAUCGGAAUUUACCCGAGAUCGAAGGAGAUGCUCACAGUACGACCGGCUCAUUAAUCAUUGAAUCAGCGAAAAAACGAGAUAAUGGCAAUUACACAUGUAGCCCGUCAAAUAGCCCCAGUGUGACUGUGAUGCUCAACGUUAUAAAUGGUGAAUCGUCCGCAUCAGCCGUGACUUCGUCUGCUCCUGUACGAAAAACGUACACCGCCUGCAUACUGGCCAUGCUGUUCAGUGUUAUAAUAAUUGGAGGGCAAAGCACAUGACAUGUUAAAUUACAAAAACAGCAAAAACGGCAUAAGCUAGCGCAACCAAACAGUCAACAAAAAGAACAUGAAAAACAAAAAUUGGAACAAAAUGAAUCAAUACGAUUUGCAAGUGUGCAAGAGGCAGGGGCAAUGGGUGAAUGGCACGCGAAGAGAAAUUUAUGUCAACAACAGUCUACUCAGCUAGAAAACGUUAUUAAGCUGGCAACUUCAACAUCAACAGCAGCUGCAACAACAACAACACCAGUCGUAGUUAGAAGAAGCAAAGCAGUUCGGCAAACAAAAACGAAAACGCAUUUCCCUUUAAUCAUGUAAGUUUAUAUAGACAACCGUAUCCAUAGGCAUUAGAGACAACAACAACACAUGGAAGAUGAGUAGAAUAUUAAGCAAAAACAACAAACAUAAACAAGAAUAACAAACCAAAAAAAGAAAGCACAACAACACGA